AUGGCAGACAAUGAGACAAUGGCUUCCAAGAAGCGAAUCUACGGCGAUGGCGACGAACCAUCGCGAUCGAGUAGCGGCGAUCGCGCCGAUUUCAUCAGUAACCUCUCCGACGAGUUGCUAGGCACCAUCGUCUCUCUCCUACCCACAAGGGAAGGCGGCCGCACGCAGGCGCUCUCCCGCCGGUGGCGUCCCAUCUGGCGCGCCGCGCCGCUCUACCUCGACGUCGGGGACUUCGGCUGCGGCUUCUCCGAGAAGGUCAUCUCCAGCAUCCUCUCCGCGCACACCGGCCCCGCUCGCCGCAUCUCGCUCAGCCGCAUCCGUCCUCUACCCCGCCGCUUCCACUACACCGACGACGACGCCAGCGACGGCAGGAUCGACCUAUGGCUCUGCCCCCGAGUCCUCUCCCACCUCCAGAAGCUGGAGCUCACGUACAGCUACGAUUACACCCGCAUCACGUUGCCACCAUCCGUGUUCCGCCACGCGCCCGCGCUUCGAGUUGCCAAGUUCUCCUGGUGCCGUCUCCCGCCCAACCUGGCCGUGGACUUCCCGUGCCUCCAGCAGCUCACCCUGCGCAGGGUCACCAUGACCGAGGAGACCUUCCGCGCCGUGCUCACCGGCUGCCCCGCGCUGGAGAUCCUUCUGCUGGAGAAGAAUGUCGGCGUCGGCUGCCUCCGCAUCAGCUCCCCGACCCUCAAGAGCAUCGGCUUCCUUGCUCGUUGGGAGAAACCACAAGGCGAUAAUAGCACCGUCAAUGUCAACGAGCUGGUUGUCGAGGACGCCCCUUGUCUUGAAAGAUUGCUGCCACUGGAUCCGGAUAAUGGCUCUACCAUCAUCCGGGUCAUCUCGGCUCCCAGACUGGAGGUAUUGGGUUCGCUUGGCAUGGUACAGCUACACCUUGGAACAACAGUUUUUCAGGAAAUGAUUGGAUUAACAAGCACAAUGCGCACCGUGAAGGUUUUGGCCCUUGAUUAUGUUGGUCCCGAUUUAGAUGCGGUUCUUGACUUCCUCAUAUGCUUCCCCUGCCUCGAGAGCCUAUAUAUCGUUUUAGAACCACGGAGGUUUGAACAUCCUUUUAAUGGAAACGAGCUACCCCCACGGAACAAGAUGAAUAGCGUGCGGAGGUAUGCCUCGCCGGAUGGUCCAGCUGAAUGCCUUGAGCUCCACCUGAAAAAAGUGGCACUCAAGGUCUACUAUGGCUGGGGUGUAGAAGCCGACUUUGCCAGAUUCUUUAUUCUAAAUGCCAAAGUGCUGGAGGUAAUGGAAUUCGGAACCGUUAUCCGCUGUAACGACAAAUGGAAGGCUAACCAAAACAAGCUGCUACGCCUGGAAGACAGAGCUUCUCACAACGCUCGGUUGGAAUUCAAAAGCUUUUCUUCGAGUACUUUGAAAGAUUACAAGAAGCGUACGCAUGAUCUGUCAUUGCCUGAUCCGUUCGACGCCUCGUUCUUGUAUGGUUAUGUUACCCUUUGAGAAGCACCCUCGUAUCAUCUUCAAAUAAUAAUUUUGGUAUGCCAUCUUACAUGUAGUCUAAAGUUGUCUCACCCCUUUCUGAUGCUCCGUCUUUACAAAGUGAUCUACUUCAUGCAACAAUGGAAUGGAAGGUCUUAUCGCUCUUGUAGAAACAAGAUGGUUUUGUGUAGAGCAAUAGAAAGGGUUUACUUUAUAGUUUAA